GUGGCGACAUAGUUCCCUAAAAGGAGGGCAAGCCAAAAUAUAACUUCUGCCUUGUAGGAAUUUCCCCCAAAUGAACGCCACCUGGUAUGUGUAUGCUCAUUCGUAAGAGGCAUAACGUAAUCUACCUACAACACGCCGCAUUGGUAAAGCCCUUCCAGUUCAGUCCUCCCCAGGUGACGAUUCAAACCAACAUGUAACCAUAAAAUGAGGAAAAUAUGGACCCCCAUAAGAAGAACAGAAGAUCAGAAGGCGAUAAAGAACAACUACGAUGAAGAAACGAAGGAGAAUUUUGAAAAAUCGCUCCCAAAGGAUUUUAUAGAAAAUAACAGGAACAACAGGAUCCCAUACUUCGAAAUUAAGGAAGCCACUUUGAUCGAGCAGAAGGAAAAGAAGGAAGCUCAGAAAAUACUGGCCCUGGAGUUACGAGACAAAUGCAGGGCCGAAAUUGACGACUACGUGGAGUGCUCGGUGGGAAGGCUGUGGACAAUUCUGCGAUGCAAAGAUGUGAUGCUUAAAAUGAGGAAGUGCUUGAAGAAGUAUGAAAAUCUGGAGUAUGUGAAGUUCAGGGAAAGGCAAAUUAUCGAGGAGCGGAAGAGGAACGGAACGAGUCUGCACAGAUCGGACGAGCGGGCCAGAUACAACAGAUUUGUUUACACGGACAAAGAAAAGGGCUGGGUCCCGGAAAGGCAAUAUUGAAGGUUCUCCCCGGGGGGUCAUGCGACUUUUUUUUUGCGCAAAUUUGUUGGAACGUACUGGAGUGAGGUUGAGUCUAUCAAAGGGGUGUGUACCUCUUCGUACUUUUGCGCAA